UCAGUCCGAAAGCAUUCGCCGCCGAUCGCCUGAGUCUCGACUUAACCUUGGAGCCCCUUCGCUCACUGAAUGCCAUUGACAAUGUGAUAGCGCGGUGCGGGUGCGCCGGAUUACAUUGACACCACCCAACAUCGCGGGAGCAUGGCGCGCGCCGAUCUGAGAUCGUAUCACAUCCGGCCCAGUCUGUAGGCUGGCCUGUCCUUUCCGGUCACCCUUGGGCCACCCUCCUGACUGCCUUCCGCGUCCGGACAUGGCUGCGGCUGCCUCGCGGGGCCUCCUCGUCGACGUGCACACACAUGUGUACCUCCCCCGCUAUGUCUCCUUCCUGCGUUCCCGCACCGCAGUUCCCCGUGUCUUCUCGAGGAGCAUCCCCGAGGGCGGCACGGAGGAGAGGCUGCUCAUCCUCGAUGCUGAGCCGAGCGGCGGUCGUCCCAUGGGACCGCAGUACUAUGAACGGGACCUGAAGCUCAAAUUCAUGGAGAAGCAUGGGAUCGAUAUAUCCAUCGUGAGCUCCGCGAACCCAUGGCUGGAUUUCCUGCCUGCGACCGCGGCGCAUCAACUAGCAAACGAGCUAAACGAUGACCUCGAGACGUACUGCUCUACAUCCGCGAACGUGAGGAGCAGCUCGCUCAAGCAACUCUACGGCUUUGGCCUCCUGCCCCUCGUGCCGGAAGUGACGACGACCUCCCUGCUCGAGACCGUGCGGCAGAUCUCUGCUCUCCCUCACUUGAAGGGUAUCAUCAUGGGCUCGCGCGGACUCGGCAAGGGCUUGGACGACGACGCGCUCGAGCCGGUCUGGGCGGCGCUCGAGAAAGCAGGACUCGUCGUUUUCCUCCAUCCGCACUACGGUGUCGACGGCAAGGAAUGGGGAGACAAGGAGAACGGCCACGUUCUACCCCUCGCGCUGGGCUUCCCCUUCGAGACCACCAUCGCUGUUACGCGCCUCAUUCUAUCAGGUGUCUUAGACCGCUACCCCAACCUCCGCAUGCUCCUCGCCCACUCCGGCGGCGCGCUCCCCCAGCUCUCCUCCCGUCUGGCCUCCUGCAUCGACCACGACCCCGUCGUCGCCUCGCGCCUCAAGCACGACGCCCGCUUCUACCUCGGCAAGCUCUACUUCGACGCCGUCGCGUACGGGUCCGAGGAGCUCGGCUUCGUCAGUGACGUUAUCGGCCGCGCAGACAAGUUCACGCAGAACGGCUCCUCCGCCGGGGCUUCGGCAGGUGCAGGCGUCGAGCAGAGGAGGUUGGGGAGCAGGCGAAUGAUGUUCGGGACCGACCACCCGUUCUUCCCGCCCCUGAAGGAGACCGACAAGUGGAAGAGUGUGCUCGAAAACUUGGAGGCUAUCGAAGGUGUGUAUGGAUGGAGCGAGGAGGAUAAGGCGGGCGUGAGAGGAGGAAAUGCGCUCGCGUUGUUCGGGCUGCAGAACGCAUAACCAGGCGAGGGGGGUGUUCCGCACGCAUACUGCUACAUUGUGAUAUCUAGAAGCAUAAACAAGUACUCUACAAUCUAUUGAUGUCUACACUGCUGUGGCUUCUCCGCCCUUCGGCAUUUGAAUCUUCAGGCUGAAAUCGAUAUGCUGCACGGAUUGGUGGACACUGCUGGUGCUGAGGAUGUCGAUGUCUGUCGCAAUGUCUGUUUCAGCAUUGCG